UAGGGGCCCGGCGGCGUGCUCGCUAGAGUGAUGGCCGCCGGCGCGCGCUGCGCGAUUUCUUCUCCCAGCCUCUGAGGCGCCCGCGGCUGUUUCCGAGUGGGUGUCGAGCCCCGUUUCGUGUCGGUUCCCGCUGCCGCCGCCCGCCCCGGGCUGUGCGUCCGCGGCUCCAGCCUGCCUCAGCCCCCGUUCUCCUGGUCUCCGCUCGGCCUUCAGUUUCCUUUGGAUGAACUUGCGUCCUUUCUUUAAUCCGCCAUGGAAUUCUGCUCCGUGCUUGUAGCCCUCCAGAGCCAAAGAAACCCCAGACAACAGACGCCCAUACGCAGCCUAUAGCAGUAACUCCCCAGCCCGGUUUCCGUGCCGUAGUUUACAGUAUUUAAUUUUAUAUAAUAUAUACUAUUUAUUAUAGCAUUUUGAUACCUCAUUCCGUUUACACAUCUUGAAAGCCGCUCAGUAAUUCUCCUAUUAAUUAAAGAACCACUACACUAGAAAAUGGCAUCUACUGUGGCACCGAUCACUAGUACUCUAGCUGCUGUUACUGCUGCUGCUCCCUCGGUGGAUGACAAACUAUGGAUGCUCAUCCUGGGCUUCAUCAUCGCAUUUGUCCUGGCAUUCUCCGUGGGAGCCAAUGAUGUAGCAAAUUCGUUUGGUACAGCUGUGGGUUCAGGUGUGGUGACCCUGAAGCAAGCCUGCAUCCUCGCUAGCAUCUUCGAAACUGUGGGCUCCGCCUUGCUGGGGGCCAAAGUGAGUGAAACCAUCCGGAAGGGCUUGAUUGAUGUGGAGAUGUACAACUCCACUCAAGGCCUGCUCAUGGCUGGCUCUGUCAGUGCUAUGUUUGGUUCUGCGGUGUGGCAACUAGUGGCUUCGUUUUUGAAGCUCCCCAUUUCUGGGACCCAUUGUAUUGUCGGUGCAACCAUCGGUUUCUCCCUCGUGGCGAAGGGGCAGAGGGGCGUCAAGUGGUCUGAACUGAUAAAAAUUGUGAUGUCUUGGUUCGUCUCUCCACUGCUCUCCGGUAUUAUGUCUGGAAUUUUAUUCUUCCUUGUUCGUGCAUUCAUCCUCCGUAAGGCAGAUCCAGUUCCUAAUGGCUUACGUGCUUUACCAGUUUUUUAUGCCUGCACAAUUGGAAUAAACCUCUUUUCCAUUAUGUAUACUGGAGCACCGUGGCUGAAAUCUCCUAGAAGGUGGCUGGCCUGCGCCCAUUUCAGAAGGCUGCAGGCUAGUGUAUGCUGAGUUAACCUAGAUAGUUUUCAACCAAAGAGACCUGCUCAGAUUCUAAAUCACUACAGACCUUUCCUCUUUAGUCUUCACAGGAUCCACUGAUAAUAUGACCUUCUCCCUUCCCUUUCUCAUAUCUAUGCUAAAAAUGCUGGAAUUGAUACUGGCCUCAACUACUGAAGAGUCAUUAGUUAAUCUCUUCUUCAAUAACUGGUCAUGUAGGACUGGUUGUUGGGUGUCAUUUUUCUCUCCCAGUUGGAGCAAUUUCAGUUUCUAAGUUCUCAGUUUGCGCCCCUGAAUUUACUUGAAUGCGAAGAGUUGAAUGUCUAACACCUGGUCUAACUACACGUGGAAGAAGAAUUUCUGCAGCUAAGAGGAAGCAUUUGAGAGGAUAGGAAGGUUCUGGUGUUGACUGCUUUCAUAGUGGGACUCAGGGAAGGCAAGAAUUCAUUUAUGACAACUGAGAGAUUGAUAGCUUGGACCUUGUGAGGCAGAGCAGUAUAUAGUUCUGGCAUCUAGGAUCAUUUGGCGUGCUGGUUCUUCACUACAUAAAAACCUAGACAGUUACUGCAAUUAUUCUUCUGACUAAUCUGUGAGAAAAAUUGUGUGCUGCCCAGAGCACGCCCAUGUCCAUGUCCGUGUGUAUGUAAAUAGAAAGGUAGCAAAGGGAUUUGUCCUUAUGUAAUAGAUGCUCACAUCUUCAAUUCUUAAAGGAUUUUAAUGCUUGUGACCUCUAACCUGGUUCCACUUCUGACUACUGGAUUGUGAUCUGUUUAUUAUUGCCACUGAAAUUAUGUAGUAAGUCACUGAGGAAAACAGAAACAGCUAGCAGAGUACUUCUAACAUUUUUGUUCUUGAAAUGUCAGUAAAGAACAGCUUUCGGACAGGACUAGUCUUGAUGCAAGAACUUUGCUACUCUUGUUCUGUCCUUUAUGGAUCAUUUAUAAGGAAAACCAGUUCUUUCAUUCCUUUUGACUUGGAAUGUGAACAGAUUUAAAUUGUGAUAGAGACUGACUAAAGCUCAUGUGUAUUUUACUUUGGUGGCUAACUGCAUGGUCACAGUUAAAAGCAGAACUUAAAAUGAAGAGACCAGUAGUCACCACAGAACUUCAGUUUAUGUUCAGUUCUUAAAGGCUAGUUCUUGUAUUUUUUGUCUCUUUCAGUGCUGGGGAUUGAAUCUAGGGCCUUAUGAAGCUAGGCUGAAGCUACCACUCUGACCUAAAAGGUUUUGAUGGAACAAUGUUUCCAUUUUCUAAGUGACUUAACAUGCAGUAAGCACAAUCAAGUGAAACAAGUGCAGGUGACUACCAUGCAGACAGUGGUGCCCUGGGUUUCAGUAACGUGAAGUGGUCUUGACUUGAGUGCAGGCAGCAGCCCCAGUAGCCUGCAUGUAGUGGUAAGCUGGUACUGACCAACGCUGCUGAUCCUGAGAGCCUUGAGCCAAGGGAACAAGAACAAGUCUCUCAGUGGCUUGUUAGUGAACUACCACUAAACCUUUCCUUUGUGAAAGACCACUGUUUAAACCCCUGUCUUGCUGUAGUUAACAGCCCUGUUUUCUGUUAGCUUGAUGGUAGUUUUGCAGAGACAAUCAGUUUCCCUGAAGGCUGCCUGGUACAGUGAAUGUGGCAACUUUCCACAGUUGUGUCAGCACGACACUUACUGAAACACCUUCUCUUUUUAAUGUUAAAAUUAAUCAUGUGUAAGGGUAAUAUGUGACAGUUAGAAUGAGGAGCUGGGUGGAGAAAGGGAUGCUUUGGUUGAUUUUAUAGCUUCCGGUCGUCAAUGGAGUGAUUCCAAGAACAUGAAGAAACUUAGUGCCUGAGUCCAGCAGUGAUUCGGUGGGGCUGGUUGCUGUGGGAUGAGAUGGUCAUUGGGUUUUCUCCAUGGUCUGUAUAGCCACUAGCCUCAUGAAACUCCAGAAUGACAGCAGCUUCAAGGGUGAUGGGCUAGCUUGGGGAAGCCCCCCUUCCCCUCAGGAAGGUUUACACGUUGUUACAGGGGGCUGUUGCCCUGGGGUUUUCAAGAUGCACCAUUUUAUCUCGUAGUGCUGGGCUUUGACAAACUUCCUCUGUGGGGUACCAUCCUCAUCUCGGUGGGAUGUGCAGUUUUCUGUGCCCUUUUCGUCUGGUUCUUUGUAU